GAGCAAAAUGCGGACAGACGGAAGUUUGACUGAACACUAACCAGCGCGGCAGAUGAAAUACACAUCGGUUUGUUUACGUCGUUGAUGUGGCGGCAACACGACAACAUGGAGUCGAGUGCGGACCGCGGACUAGAUGUGGAGUGUGUUGUUAAUCGGUGGAUAGUGGAUUAUUAUAUAUCUGUGGCGUUUGAGGCGUUCAGGAAUGAACAGGACAGUGAUUUCUGUGAGAUCAGAGACAUCCUUCAAUGUCAUCUGGUUCGGCCGUUGGAAGCCAACGACGCCACACCCAAGAAGAUUCGAGCAAUACAGUUCCUCACCAGGAUAAAUGACGGUGACAAACUCGACUUCUCGUUUGACCCUCAGGAGGACCUCACGCCACUGGAGUCGGCUCUGAGCGUAUUGGACAGCAUCCGCGACGAGUUGCCGGUUCCCCAGAAAGACUUGGAGAGAGUACAGAAGUCUGUCAGAGAGAUGUUGGUGAUUGUGUGCAUUAAGAACCAGGCCUUUGACAAAGCCAAGGAGGUUUUGAUGAAAUACUUCCCCAAAAGCAAGGUUGGAAAGAAAGCGAUCUUCCUGGGGCUGGUCAACAAGAGGAGCAGUGAUCAUUCAGUCCUGCAGCAGGUCACCUACCAGCAGUUUAAACAGGAGAUGCUGCAGUUCUGUCAGAGCCUGUUUCCCUUCUCUCAUCCUUUCCUGUCCAGGGCUGCCAGACAGCUGGUGGUGAAGAGACGGGAUGCAGGACAGGAUGCAGAGGAAGGAGACUGUCCCUCAGACCCUCAGCCAGAGGACCACCUUCUACCAGCAACAGAGGAGAAGACAUCCAGACACAAACCCAGUCCUCCCCCCGGUGGCGUCCUGCUGACCCGCAGCCAGCUGAUGGCCGUUUAUACAGCCCUGGCCGAGGAGCUGAGGGAGCCCAUGACCUUUGCCGAGCUGGAGGAGGAGGUGGAAAGGGAGGUGAUGGAGGAGAACGCAGGAAAAGGAGGUGCUGCUGUGGACCAAGAGGAACCUCUCCUGCACCUCUCUGAAAGCCCCAGGCAGGGCUCAGACGCUGUGUUGGAGCAGGACGUCCCCAGGUCCCAGAGAGAGUCCGACAGUCCAAUGGAGGCUUCCCCUGCUGACGUGGUUCCCCCUGCUGACCUGGUUCCCCCUGCUGGCCUGGCACCAGGCCCCCAGUGGAAGAGCCGAGGCUGGCCUCAUACCAUAGCCAGGCUGGUUAUGGAGCCAGACAGCCAGGAUUCUACGGCCUCUCGAGAAUCAGUAUCCAACGGGGAGGAGUCAGUCAGCCGGGCUGACCCACUAAGCCCCGCCUCCACCUACAGCCCACCGACACGGAAGUAUCGAAAACGAGGAGCCGGCAAGAUAACCGAAGAGACCUCGUCUGACCCUGAGGAGGAUGUGUGUAUUCUAGAUGACACCCCUGAGCAGCGAGGCUCUGCCCCCAUCCCCCAGAGAGGCUCCGCCCCCACCCCCCAGAGAAGCUCCGCCCCCACCCCCCAGAGAGGCUCCGCCCCCACCCCCCAGAGAAGCUCCACCCCCCAGAGAAGCUCUUCACAUAAGAGAAUCCCUACCCCCACCCCCCAGACAAGCCACACCCCCCAGAGAAGCGCCACCCCCCAGAGAAGCCCCACCCCCCAGAGAGGCUCUUCACAUAAGAGAAUCCACACCCCCCAGAGAAGCUCCACCCACACCCCCCAGAGAAGCCCCACCCCCCAGAGAAGCUCCACCCACACCCCCCAGAUAAGCCCCACCCCCCAGAGAGGCCCCACCCACCAGAGAAGCCCCACCCCUCAGACAAGCCACAUCCACCAGAGAAGCCCCACCCCUCAGAAGGCCUCCACCAGUAAAAAGGGACCUGAUCUGAAGUGGAAGCAGCUCUUCAGCGUUGCUAAGGAAUCCAAGGAUAGGUGGAGCGAUGAAGAGGAUUUAUUUGACUCCCCUCACAAAGACAGUUCUGAGGACAACGCCAGUACUACUGGAGGAGGCAGGAAGAGGGUGAGUGUAGGUUCUGAGGACAACGCCAGUACUACCGGAGGAGGCAGGAAGAGGAUGUGGACAGCAGAGGAGACGGAGUGGGUGAAGGAGGGAGUGAGGCGCUACGGAGAGGGGAACUGGUCCAGAGUAAAGUCCUCUUUCCCCUUCCUGGGCCGAACCGCCGUGAACAUCAAGGAUCGGUGGAGAACCAUGAAGAAACUCCAGUUGGUCUGAGGGGACCAAAGCGUCUAACUUGUCCAAUAAGAAAUUAGAUUUUUCGUUUACAUUUACUACGGGGUGCAGUAACGAAUUCGAACGCUGGAGGGCCUCGGAGCUACGCAAGACAAUGAUGACGUUAUCCAGUUGAGAAUGGAUGUUUCCUUUCCACAAAGGAUACAUGUUUGCCCAUCGCACAUCUGUCAACAGGAAGCUGAAGAUGGGCAGAGGGCCUUUGGACUAAGAUAAAUGUUGAUUCUGCCAUUUUGUUUUAGACAUGUUUAUAGAGGUAUUUUAUUUUAUCACUUGUCUUUCUUGGUAAAAUAAAGACUUCUCUUCUACUGA